AUGAAGAUUUCUAUCCUCGCCGUGACCCUGGCCUCGCUCGCUGCCAAAGUUACGGCCAGUUACGCCAGCAGCUGCCGGAACUGCCGCCUUGAGAAGUGGGACAGCAUGCCGUUCUCGGGGUUAGACUACGGGCACUACCUGCUGUGUGACUGCAAGCAGGCAAACGGCCAGUGGCACGCGUCCCGCCUCGAUCUCAAUCGCUGCAUUGCCAACAGCGAUGGCUAUAUGGUGUCGCGGGCAGAGGGCAACCUUGGCCGCUCAUGCCACGGUUACGGCUUGCUCGAAGGCAAGACUUUCACUGCUUUCUGCAAAAAGGCGUGA